AACGCGUUCAGAAGUUCGUCGGGCGAGAGCUUGCGUGAGCUCGCUUAGUAAAUCCGAUGGGACAAGAACUCUAAAAACCGAAAUCUUCACCUUCUGAGACUGACGAAUUGGCCAAAAUGGCUAAAAUCCACUGUGCAUUGUGCCUCUGCUCACUACUCCUAUUCCUAUCGAGUGUUGUAUCUGCAAAUCGGCGCAUCCGGCGACAAAAUCGAUCUGAUCGACUGCUGGCCGACAUCGGCGUCCGUGCCCAGUCCUACAAUCCCCGAGUGCCGGAGAACGGCAUCCAGCAGUACACCGACAUCGACCAGGAUCUGCGGCACCUCUUCCUCAACACCAGGCAGACCACGCUGAGAUGGGCUCUCAAUAACAUCGAGGCGUUGAGCAGCCGGGGCAGAAGAGAGGGAAAGCUCCAGCACCAGGUGCCGAAGAAAGUGCCCUUUUCCUGUCCCACCAACAACACACGGUCCCCGAGCCCACCCACUUCAAUAGAGCACCUAAGGCCGGGUGACAUCGACAUUAUAGCUGCCUUCGGCGACUCCCUGUCUGCUGGCAACGGGAUUCUGUCCAACAACGCCAUUGACAUGAUCAACGAGUUUCGGGGUCUGACCUUCUCGGGCGGAGGUCUGGCCAACUGGCGGCGGUUCACAACCCUUCCUAACAUCCUGAGGAUCUUCAAUCCAAAGCUGUACGGCUUCGCGGUGAGCAAUAGUCUGGUGAUCAACCACCGAUCCUCACGGCUGAACAUCGCCGAGCCGAUGAUCAUGUCGCGGGACUUACCCUUUCAAGCCAGGGUCCUCAUCGAUCUGUUGCGGCGCGAUCCCAACGUGGACAUGAAACGCCACUGGAAGCUGCUGACUGUGUACGUGGGCAACAACGACAUCUGCUCGGACCUUUGUCAUUGGGACACUCCGCAGACCUUCCUCGACCAGCACGCCCGCGAUCUACGCCAGGCCUUCCGGCUUCUGCGCGACCAUGUGCCCCGCCUGCUGAUCAACCUGAUCGUUGUACCAAAUAUUCCGCUGGUGCUGAGCACCAUGACCCAGGUCCCGCUGCAGUGCUUCGUGGUGCACCGUGUCGGGUGCCACUGCCUGAUCAACGACCGACUAAAUCGCACCCAACUCGCGGAGCGCAUGGAGACUUUAACCCGUUGGCAGCGGCUGGACAUGGAGAUCGCUCGUCUGCCUGAGUUCCACCGCCAGGACUUCGCCAUCGUCGCCCACCCGAUGCUGGCCAACCUGACGGCCCCCACGCUGCCCGAUGGGAGCACAGACUGGCGGUUCUUCUCACACGACUGCUUCCACUUCAGCCAACGAGGUCACGCGAUCAUCUCGAACAUGCUGUGGAACAGCAUGCUCCUGCCGGACGACCAGAAGCCGCGGCCUUCGAAAGUGCCUGAGCUGUUCGAGCGGGUCGUUUGCCCCACUUCCGAGCAGCCCUACUUUGUGGUCAGGCCAAGCUGAGUUCCCCCAAGAUCGGGAGCGGGUUAAGUUACUUGGUUAAGCUGUCUGGUGACCUUUUUGAGCGGGUCCGCAGUCGGGUCUACACAGAGGGAAAUUACUUGUCCUACGAUUCGGUAUUUUGCAGAAAAUAAGUAAGACUACAACCACUGAAUAUCUCUCCAUCGAACGAGAAUCUUUCCACUUGGCAUUAUUCACAACAUUCACAACAUUAAGAUAUGAAAUCGCUUUCACUUUCGAUUUCUCGAGAACUGCGAAUUAUUAGAACAGUGGAACUUUGAACUUUGCAUGUCUUUCCUGUGAGGUGGACGGACUAUAUUAUGGCUAUUCUUUUAAAUCAGAACACUGAGAAAAUAUAUAACUGUCAAAGUGUGAAGAAUCUGCCAAGUCGGAUCUUGCUAAGUAUAUCUAGUCCUUAAGUUUACAGAAUAUAUUGUAUUUUACAAGAUACCAACUUAAGAGACGAGCGAACGAUGUGGUCAGUCUGUGGUUUUUAUUAUAUACUAAAAUAUAUAUUCUUGGAAAGGAAUCCAAGGAACCCUUAGGAAUCAGGGGAGAACUUACAUUUGAUUGACUUUACUGAUUGCGCGCUCUUCAUCGCUCACUUCGUUUCAUUUCAAUUAAAAUGUUAUGCAAUUUUAA